CCACAAGCCACAUGCGCCUUCAUCGGGCAUGCCGGAUACCGACGAACGCCACAUAUGUUUGAUAUGCCAUAGGCUGCUAAUACUGCGGGGGUUGAUCUAUCGGACCACAUUGAUCAGCAUGGAAGCGAACUUAGAACCUCCGCUGGGGAAUACUAAUGGUUGGCCAAUCUCGCCUGUAUGUUGGAGACCAAGCAGUUGGCGAUCGAGCUGGUCUUUCAGCUUUCGCUGUCAUUCUCAUGCUGCCUCUGAAACGGCUGUGCAUGCUCCAGAAGAGCACAGCUGAGUCUUCGUCAAAAUUACUCUCUGGGCGUCAAGUCGACCUGCACGAAGAGAAGACGCACACAUUACUCUGCACACUUGACCGCCAGAAGAAACACUAGGCUCUCUUCAACACUAUAUGAGCAUAAAUAGGGUGGCAAAUUGGAUAAUAGUACGCAUAAAGUUGACCCAGAUAGUAGAGAGACUGUAAAGACCUUCUACGAGUAUAAGAAAUGUAAAUCGCGAUACAGAGACACAGUACCAGAUAUUAGGAGAAGAGUCUGUAAAUAAAGGAUAUAAGCGCCCAAAAUAAUCGGGGGAAAAUUGUUUCAUAGAUGUUGGGCGACUACAGCACUGUGCACUAGAACACAGCGCAUCACCAAAACACCCAACAUAUGUAUCAUACUAUAUAAAGUCACGUUCAUACAAGAAAAAUCACGGUGGAUAAUGUCAAGGAUAUCAUAAUGCAGUCUUCUCCUCCACCCGAAGAUGACGGGAAGACAAUUGAACUCCUGUUGACAGACCUCAACCAUGCUGCUCAGAUACCGGCGAAACAAAGGGCUGUGAAAAUCAAUGGGACAGUAGAAAGAGUAGCAAGCAAGGCCUUUGAGGAUGGGCUGUCCGAAGCGUCCUUGGAUGAGCUUGUUGACAUCGUAACGCUGCCAAAUGAGCUCGACCAGGCGAGCAUCGCGAACAUCAUCAGAAACUUGUACCCAGCCGCACAAAUAUCGGACGAUACCCUUGUGAAAGUUAUAGGCUCUGUGGGCCAUGGGCAAUCCAGAGUGGCCUUUCCGGUGCAGUCAUUGCUGUUGAAGUGGCUGGUUAUGGUCUACGACUCCAUUAGGAACCCGAAGAUAUUGUCUCAUGCAUACAGCUUCCUGUUUAACCUGCUCGAUACAAUUGCCAUAAGAGCGCCCCUAUGCCAUCUCCUGUCGCUGAUUACUCGCCGAAAACACGUGAGACCAUUCCGAAUUCAAUCUCUAUUGGAAUUAGCAAGGCGUGCUGGUAGUGAACCACCACUCGUUGGGCUCAUCAGAGUAUACAAGGACUAUUAUCCAGAUGUCAUUGUUGGCCAGCUGACAGCGGGAAGAGCAUCGGUGUUUACGCAUCCAAAUCCAGAAUGGAAAGCUAGGUUGGCAGAAAUCCAAGAAGCGCAUGCUCAGAAGACUGUGGACGAACAACAAACUCGACGAGACACCUUCCGAGUUGUGAGACGUGGCAUAAAUGGGGUAAAGCGAAGCAGAGUCUCUGUGAUACCAGAGGUGCACACCUCUAAUGCUCAAGAGACAUCGGUGACAUUGGAAGAAAUUGAGAAUGCCAACGGCUUUGUUGCCGAGCUCGAGAAGAUAGAACUGCCCAACCAAUUGGUAGCUGUCAUGGGUGACCCGCUACUGCAAAAGCUCCUGCAGUUGAAAUCUACCGAUGCGGUGAGGCAGCGAGUGGAUAACUGGCUCAUGGCAUUCUUUGAAGACCAGCUAGAGGGGGAUGGGUCAUCGGAGGGCGCUCUUGUGGACAUGUUGGCUUCAAUAUUGGAGUAUACUCGAUUCACAAAAGAUCUCCCACCGGCUUGUGCUAAAUAUCUCCAUUCCCUACUCGAAGACUGGAAUGGGGUUACAGGGCGCGCGGUUGUGCUCGAUCUCCUUUCCUAUACUCAUAUUGCUCCAUUUGAAGAACUCUAUUUAUCAACUUUUCAGCCGCUGGAAUGGGCAAUUCUAGAUGACACCCCGAAUUCGCAGACAGAUCUUCUUACAUUCUACACCUCCAUCCUCAGAAACUGGACUUCUUCUCUUCUCUCCAGCACCCCACCAGCCUUCACAAGUACCACAAUUAGCGCUCUUACCUCGCACGUUAAUGUUUUGGCUUUAACGAUAGUCCAAACAGGCCAUUUACAGAGCACCAUCACUCAUCACUCGGUACUCUGCUUCUACGAAGCCAUGGCUGGUCUCCUCAGUCAACCCUCACUCCAAGCACAUGUGCGCAUCACAACUCCACCAUCAGCUCUAGUAUACACACUCCACUUCGCACCAUCACUAUCAACCUUCUCCCGCCUUUGCGCCAUCCUCGCACUCUACAAACGAACCUUCGAGACAGCGAUGUCGAAGCCCAUCCCCGCGCGCCCGGACCCAGCCCAAGGACCAUCCCCAGAAUCAUACCCCAAAGAGUACGUCAACCAUUUCAACGGCUUCCUCAUGGACAUCUGCAACUGCCUGUGGCGCUCGCGGGCGUUCAAUACUACAGACACGAACGCCCUUGGUUGCCUGCUUCCGCCUCCGCUACUCCCGAAAUUUACAUCGUAUGUCUCCUCCCUAGACACUGGCCUCACCCUGCCAUCUCUAUUCACCCUCUCGUAUUCUCCCGUCCUCUGCAACCUCUCGAUCUCGUAUCUGCGAGAGCUGGAGGAUAAGGCGGAUGAGGCAGGAGGCGGGAUCAAGGUCAGGCACGCGGGCCCGGUGACACAGAAGAGCUUGGUUACGCUAGGGAAAGAUGGGGGGUUGCAGCUUAGUUGGGCAGAUUAUAGGUUAGGUGUGCUGACGUACUUGGAGCGGAAGGGUGCCAAAGGGGUGGGGGAGCUGAUGUAUAACACGAUGAAGCAUUUGAUGACGGCGAGAGAGGCGGCUGCCAAAGCUUGAGGGGUAGUAAUAGAACACAAUGACAAAC